AUGGGUCUCACGCCGGUACACUUCUUCUCCCAUGGCUCGACUAUGAUGUUGGGAGAAGAAUCCGAGAGUGCGGAUUACUGGAAGAAAUGUGGCGAUGAAGCGCUGGCACGAAACAUCAAGGGAGUCAUUAUCAUGGGUGCACAUUGGGACUGUCUCGGCGACAAAAUCGAAGUCUCAACGAAUCCCAACCCCGGCAAGAGUCCCGUCGCCUACGUGAACCCCGAAAAAUACAUCAACUAUAAGCUCAACCCCGACCUCGUCACCACCGAACGCUGCAUCCAAAUGCUCGCCAAGGAAGGCUUCAACGUCAGCGGCAACGACAAAUUCGACUGGAUCCACGACGUGUACCUCAUCCUCAUUCGCAUGUUCCCCGGCGGCUGUCCACCAACUGUCCUCGUGUCCGCGAACGCCCGCUACGACCCUCACUUCCAUCUCAAGAUGGGUUCGACUCUGCGCCCACUGCGUCGCGAGAACUACCUGAUCAUCGGGACCGGCGGUGCCGUGCACAACUUGUACCGCAACAAGUGGGCUCCCAUGGUGCGGUUCCGAGAUAAUUUCGCCAUGGAGACGCCGCCAGAGGACUGGGCGAUGGAGUUCCGUCAGGCGGUUGAGGAUGUGAUUACCAAGACCUCCGGCCCGCAGUUGCGUCGUGCAAUGACGCGGUUAAUGAAGCAUCCUCGAUUCCGCGAUGCGCAUGCAACGGACGAUCAUUUCAUGGCGGCCCUGUUCGUCGCGGGUGCUGCGGGUGAAGCCGAGGAUGAAGAGGCACCGGGCGUGUUGGGCGCCGAGAGUUGGGAAUUGACCAACAUGUGCAAUUCUCAAUUCACUAUCGGGCAAUGGUCAAAGCCGCCGAUUGCGGUGUGA